AUUAUUGUCACGUGACAUUUUCAAAAUGGCGCUUUGCUGUGCGAUCAGUAACGAGGUACCAGAGCACCCUGUGUUGAGCCCUAUAUCUGGUCACAUAUUUGAGAAGCGUCUGAUUGAAAAGUAUGUCAAAGAAAAUGGAACAGACCCAAUCACUGGUGAUAAAUUGGCUCUGGAAAUGCUUAUUGAUGUUAAAGCUUCUCCGUUAGUGAAGCCUCGUCCCCCAUCAUUCACAAGUAUACCAGCUAUAUUGAAGGCAUUGCAAGAUGAGUGGGAUGCUGUUAUGUUACAUAGUUUUACAUUGAGACAGCAGCUUCAGACUGCCAGGCAAGAAUUGUCUCACGCUCUGUACCAGCACGAUGCUGCUUGUCGUGUCAUAGCUCGUCUCACCAAGGAAGUGACAGCUGCCAGAGAAGCUUUGGCCACCCUCAAGCCACAAGCUGGUAUUACAGCUGGAAGUUACGCCGCUCCUGCUGCUCCACAGCCAUCGUACGCAGCAGAGGCAGGUCCUGAGGCAGCAGAGCAGCCAAUGGAGGAGGCUGGAAUGUCUGACGAGGUGUUACAGAAACUACAAGACAAAGCUACACUUCUUACAGCAGAGAGAAAGAAGAGAGGCAAGACAGUUCCGGAAGGGCUUGCUACCAGUGAGGAUAUCCGAUCUUACAGACAACUCGCUUCACAUACUGGAUUACACAGUGCUAGUGUUCCAGGCAUUCUGUCACUGGAUAUAUGCUUGAAGGACACAUCUAAGAUUGUAACAGGUGGAAAUGACAAGAAUGCCGUUGUAUUUAACAAGGACACACAGCAAGUGAUGGCUAUACUGAAAGGUCACACAAAGAAGGUCACAAGUGUCAUCUAUCAUCCAGAAGAGGAAUUGGUAUUUACAGCCUCACCUGAUUCUACAAUACGUGUAUGGGGUGUACAGACGGCACAGUGUGCACAGAUUAUCCGAGCCCAUGAGUCACCUGUCACUGGUGUUAGCUUACACGCUACAGGAGACUACCUGCUUAGUUCCUCUGUUGACAUGCAUUGGGCAUUUUCUGAUAUAAGAACAGGACAGGUGUUGUGUAAAGUCUCAGAUGCCUCGUCACAGAAUGCUCUGACGUGUGCCCAGUUCCAUCCCGAUGGUUUGAUUUUUGGUACGGGAACUGAAGAUUCCAUGAUCAAAGUAUGGGAUUUGAAGGAAAGAAUUAACGUGGCCAAUUUCCCAGGACAUCAAGGACCCAUUACUAGUAUUGCUUUCUCAGAAAACGGUUAUUUCUUGGCAACAUCUGCUGAAGAUUCUGUAGUGAAACUCUGGGAUUUACGUAAACUCAAGAAUUUCAAAACCAUACAACUGGAUGAUAAAUAUGAGGUGCGGUCUUUGUCGUUUGAUCAAAGUGGAACAUAUUUGGCAGUAGCUGGUAGUGAUGUCAGAGUGUAUCUAUGUAAACAGUGGCAGGAGUUAGCAGUGUUCAAUGAUCAUACUGCCAUGGCAACAGGAGUCAAGUUUGGUCACAACAGUCAGUUUGUCGCCUCUGCCAGCAUGGAUAGAUCUGUGAAAUUCUUCGGAACCAUGUGAUCAUAGUGAACCAAUUCUGAUUUCAUAUACCACAACAUUGUGUACAUUCAUCUUAAAGUUUCCAAAACUUCAUAUCUUAGGCCAUAAUUAAAAAAAUGUUCAUUUGUGGAAAUGCGACCCAAAGGUUUUUGUGGGUAGGUAUGUAGGAAAUAUUUUUUUGCAUAUAAUCAAAUAGGGAAAGAAAAAAAUUUUGGGGUAGCAGAAGUUUUCACAAGUAGGUCGUGUUACUGCAAACAAAUGUUUUUUUAAUGAUAGCCAUACAAUAAAAAUGUUUGUGUAGUCACAUGUUUCAUUUCUCUCUACUUUUGUUAAACAUUUUUACCUACUUUAGCAAAAAAAAAAAUCAUAUUUUCAUUGUAAUGUACAUGGAUCUCAUGAAUGCUCCAAGUCAUUGUUACAUAAAAUGUCCAUACUAAACUGGAGCUUUGAUAGAAAAUGUUUCUUUACCUGAUAAAUGAUCAGGUACUAUAGAUUUACAAAAUUAGCAUGUGUGGAAAAAAGAAAAUUUUAAGAGUUAACAUUUAAUGAGAGUUAUAUACUGAUGUACUUCACUGCUUGAAAAAAAAAAAGGCUCCUUAAAGUCAUGAAAUCUUAGAAGUCAGGGAGUUGGUAAGU